AUGGAUAACGAAAUAUAUUUUCUCAAAGAGGAAAUAAUCCGUUUAAAAGAAGAAAACGAAAGCUUGCAGCAGGAUGGACAAUUGGCAGGAGAGAUUGGGAAGAAUUUGCUCGAAAAUAACCAGGAAUUGGAAAGAAAACUUGAAGAAGUGAACAACGACUACAUAACAACGUUAGGGAAUCUUGAGGUACGCUGUAAUAUUCAUUCCUGUAAGCACUUAGUUUGAAGAAAAAUGUUCUCUAUGAAUUUAUUUUCUUCAUAGGAACUAAAGCAAGAGAAUUAUUCUUUGCGAUCCAGACUUGAGACAGAAGUUCGAACCAACUCAAACCAUGCCCAUGAAUUGGACGACUUGAAGGUAAAGCUUCAAAAGGAAUUCGAAGCGAAAGAAAAAUCUCAACAGAUGACAACAGAAAAAAAGAUCUGUGAACUGAGAAAAGAAAUAGAAUCUCUGCAAAACGAUAUCAGCAAGCACACGCUGGUAGAAAUUCAGCUGCAAGAAAAGAUUAAGAAGCAGGAUGAGAUGCUACAAGCUGCUCGCCGAAGCAGCGAAGAACUACAACACAAAGGACGAUCACGAUUAGAGAGUAUUGAAGAGUACAUCCAUCUAGCCUCCGAGCUCUCAGAAGAGAGGGAUACUUUGACCAUGAAGCUGGCUGAUUUGAAAGAUAGUCAGGAGAGAAUUUUAUUCGACAGAAACGUACUGAAGGAAAGAGUUGAGCAUCUUGAGGAAGAACUCCAAGAGAAGGCUCGACAAGGGCAAACCUGGUUUAACUGUUUACAGGUAAGACAAUUUAUAGGUCUAGGGUGAAAACAAUUUUUUUCGCUUAGGCAAAUCCUGAGUACGAUCGAAGCACGCAAGUGGUGUGGAUGGGAGAUGAUCGAAGGAAAAAUCGCAACUAACGAGUUAAUUUAUUCAAGCUAAUUAUUGAAUAACUGAAUAUGCAAACCAGAAAUUAACCAACCACUCGACAGAACACUUUCGCGGGGGGGGAGGGGGAUGGCGAAGAAGUAAAAUUCAUUUGUCAACGAUCUGCAUGCUCCCUCCGCAGAUGCAGUAUAAUCCACCCCAAAAGGAAUGAGCUGUAACAAAAACCUUGUAUUUUGUAUAACUUUAACAGGAAGCUCGCAACGAAGCAGGCGAGUUAAAAGCUGAACUUGAAAACCUAAAGGCAGACAAUGCCAGGAGAAACUUUGGAAAACAAGGAAAUUCUCUCUUUGGGGAGGUAUGUUGUGGCUUUGUGUAACUUCAGUUGUUCUUUAGUCAUCGCCACUUAUUUGUCAAUCAAGGUGUAAGUUGGCCUGAACGUACCUGCUGUUUACAGGUUGAGGACCAGCGAUUGGAACUUGAGAAGAAAUAUGGCAGUCUACGAGCCCGACACGAGGGUGCGAUGAAAGUGCACAACAUGACGAAACAACAUCUACAGAGACUGAAGGUAACAAAAAGUUUUUGAAAGGAAAAUCAUUGCACAAGCUAACCCUGUUUUACCAGGGAAAUUAAUUUAUUUGACGAAAAGGUAAAAAUAAACCCAGAAAACAAAAACAUUUUUUCUUUACAGAAUCAAGUAGCGACUCUGCUCCAAGUCAAGAGCUGUCAUGCAGACGCCUCACAGAUCCAAAGGCUCACCCAGGCAUUGGUGCAGAAAGAAGGCGAGGUGAAGAUGUUGAACACAAAGAUAUCAAGUCUAGAGAAGCAGAAGGUAGUACUCUUUAUCUCCCUUAGCUUAUGGCGUUUGGUAUCAGUCACUUCAAUUGUUGCUCCGUGAUUUUCCUAUACAAUAAUUAUGUCUUGGUCGCUUGCUCGUCACGUGGCAAGUUUGGAGGCUUAUUGGCUCCUUGUAGUUUUUACCUUUGUCCUAAUUAGCCGUUGUUACGUUAAUUUUGGUUUCUGAUUCUAAAUCAUAUAUUGCUCCUAUAAGUUACUCACCAACCGCGUGUUUCCCUGAUCUUUUGUCCUUCAGGAAGAGCGCAACAUAAGCAGCCGUUUGAUGGAGUUUCACGACGCAUUCUCGGAGUUUGGAGACAAGAAGGACUACGUGAACUUUCUUCAGUUACAGCUUGAAGAUUCCAAGUAAGCUUAUGUGUAGCUUGCACGGAGUAGUUUAUCUCAUAACCCUGAAUGUAGACCUUAUACAAGACAGCUACCAGAGUGAAGUCGAAUGGCCUACUAAUCUCGAGUCAGAAAUAUCUUAUAUUCUGACAAUCUAAAUGGGGGGAGGGGGGGAGUUGUGUAAGGAUGGAGUUCCCUGCUCUUUACCUGAUUCUUCGUUUUAUACUUUGUCUUUAGGAAAGCCUUGGCAGCACUGAAUAAAGAAUUGCAGACAAAAACAUUACUUCAGUUAUCCGAAACUGACAGACUUCGUCACACUGAACAUCAACUGCAUGUGUCCGAGUCUAAUGUCGAGCGACUGAACAGUGAAAAUAUCAAGCUUAGGUUGAAAAUUGACGACUUACGACUGAAGCUGCAGAGCCGUAAGUAUUGUCACCAAAGAUAAAUCUGCUUUAGUCACCUACAGAUUCAAUUGAAACUCGCAGUCGAAGGAUUCAUUUGAGGAGUAAGUUGAGGGAUGUAGAGGAGUAAAAGAUGAAAGAGAACGAAAACGACAGAGAGGAGGAUAUAAUUUCUCCCAUUUCAACAAGCGGGAAAAAGCAGGAAACAAAUUUUCCAACCUUUCUCUGGUCUUGGGUGACAAGAGAAGGUCAACUUUUCGUUCAAUAUUUACUUUUUCUCUCUUUUUUUUCCUCUUGUUUUCAAGAUUCCCAAAAAGACCCUCAAAAUGUCUCUCAAACAUCCACCUCGUCUGGUCUCAGGAAAACAAAAUCCGCCAUUUUGCUCGGUGGGGCCAAUUCAAAAAAUACCAGAACAUCAGCACUCAUAAAGAAAGGACAAGAAAAUACCGUGUCAAUUAAUGCAAAGGUUGCGAAACUAGAGCCCUCAAUUUUAAAACCUCCUGUUGUUCUGGUUAACACUCGUGACACAACAAGCGACAAAAAGCAACGAGGCAGCGAUGUGACUUUUCCUUUGCAAGUUGAAUCUACUGCAGAAAGUUUAAUUACCAGCAAUGUGCCACGGAAAUUGCCUUUAUCAAGUAAUGACGUCGAAAACGAGGCCAAAAGUAAGGUAGAAUUUAAAAGAAAGCCGAUGGUGCGCUUUCAAACUGCAACGGACGACAUCGAUUUAUCAGAAACUCAAAGCACGCAUGACAAUGUACCGGACUAUGGAGGGCUCUUGAAAGAAAAUUCUCAACCCGAGGUAAACUAACUUGAUGCUGGUUACAGUUACAUUGAAAUCCGAGCUAAGUGUUAUUCUGGUGCCUGUCCUGUAGCGUACGCGACACCAGUAUAAUAAGUGUUCCUAAAUGGUUGUCACUGUUGCAAAAUCUCUUGUAUACAUAUCCUAGGUAUAAAAGCCCGAGUAUGUUGGCAUUAGCUGAUUUUAAAUACUUUAAUGCCACUAGCGAGUAUUGACGCCGUUAAAAAAUCUAGUAAAACGACAAGGCGUGUAUCUUUCUCUCCCACAAUUACUGGUAUUGUUUGCAAUGUAUUUAUUUGUAUUUCACAGGAGAGCCACAAAGAACAGAUGCCCUCGGUCACUGUGAGAGGACAGAAAACUGCUCCUGUUGUUAUCAACGUCAAGAAGGGUGAGACCAAAAAUCAAUGUCCCCAGCAAUGAUGGAGGACAUAAAAAUCUCGAAUUUACGAAAGUUUUUAAAUUUAGAUCGGAAACUACCGAAAUUAAAUUAAACUCUCCCGUGGGAUAUCUGCUUCACUUCAUUAUGUAAAUUGACCUCGUAUUCGGAAUCCGAGGUCAACUCUCAUCCUCCGCUUUCACUCCUUGUUUCGAGUUAAUACAUGCAAGGUAAAUGAAAAGGAAGUUUAAUACAGCAGUCUUUUAUUGCCGUGUCGUUUAAAAGGUUAGAAACCUGCCAUGACUCGUUCCAUUCUUCUUGCAUUAUAUAAGCUAGAGCGACAGUAGUUUACUGGCGCAAGUCAAACCCUUGAUAAAAGGAUUAAAAUAAGUCUUGCCUUUUUUCCUCUGUCGCCAACCUUCGAAUUUCGCUUUUCACAACAGAAGUUAACGCCUUAUUGCAGAUUAAUGGUUGAUGGUAGAAUCAAAUGAUUGAUCUAACCAAAGUUCAGAUAAAAGGGUCUGAUUAAAGAAAAAGGCAAAUUCAGUUGAAGUACAUUGCCAACAUUUAUUAUCACACUUUUAAUUAUAUUAGCCUCUGUGGAGCUCUCUGUCAGGAGACAUGGGGAAGAAAGCCACUUUUUU